UAUCAAUUUCAUACUGUAACUUAUUGUUUUGCCCUAUUUACUCACGUGUACUAUUAGCAAUCAAGCAUUUGACGUUCUAGUGGCGACGAAGUUCCAUGUACGCUAACGUGGCUAGAUUUACAGCUUUGCAAAUUAUUCCAGAAAGAACAACGAGAGCGACAAAGAAGAAUUAAUGCUGAACGGAUACCACGCCUCUUCAUCUUUAAAGCGACACCCCAUCCACACGGAUACUACUUUUCGCAACACUUCCACUUAUUUGUUUUUAUUUUUCUUUUAAACCGAAUGGAUAUGGAAAAGACUUAAACGUGGAUCGUGUUACCACGUGACUCGUUGACAAGAGCUUACGAGUGAAGUUUGCCAACUUUGUUGUUGUUGCGGCGGAGUUCUUGUGAAGUCAUUCGAGAAGGGAAUUUAUACAAUUUUGGAGGCACAAUGGAUCAAGCAAGUGGUGGGGACGACCCCAAUAAAGCUUCUAAAAAGAAGUCCAGCGAGGAUGAAGGCAGAAACAAAAAGCUGAACAUACACAUAAAAACAUUGGCUGAUGAUAUGCGCGAUCGCAUUACCAGUUUCCGAAAGACGGGAAUGAAGAAGGAAAAGCCUCUCAUACAGCACCCGACAGACCCCCUCUCCACCCAGACUGAACUGCCCGUUCCUCAGCCCCUCUUCGACGACCGCUCCAUGAACCUCUCGGAAAAGGAGAUCAUUGACCUCUUUGAGAAGAUGAUGGAGGACAUGAAUCUGAAUGAAGAGCGAAAGGCACCGCUUCGUGGGAAGGACUUAAGUACCAAACGGGAGAUGGUGGUCCAGUACAUCUCAGCCACUGCCAAAUCUAUAACUGGGAGCAAAGUUGCGGGAGGACUGAGGAACAGCAAGCACGAAUGUACACUCUCGUCCCAGGAAUAUGUCCAUGAGCUCCGGUCUGGUAUCACAGAAGACAAGCUGCUCAAUUGCCUCGAGUCACUCCGAGUUUCUCUCACCAGUAACCCUGUCAGUUGGGUUAAUAACUUUGGUCAUGAGGGUCUUGGACUUCUUCUGGAUGCACUGGAGAAGCUCUUGGAUAAGAAACAGCAAGAGAACAUCGAUAAACGGAAUCAGCAUAAACUUAUUCAAUGCUUGAAGGCUUUCAUGAACAACAAGUAUGGGCUGCAAAGGAUCUUGGGAGAUGAACGCAGCCUGUUGUUACUGGCGCGAUCCAUCGACCCCAAACAGACCAGUAUGAUGACCGAGACUGUCAAGAUCCUGUCGGCAUUCUGUAUCAUCGGCGAGGAAAACAUCCUGGAUAAGAUUCUGGCCGCCAUGACUAUUGCUGCAGAGCGGAAUAAUAAAGAGAGAUUUGCUCCAAUUGUGGAAGGACUGGAGAACCACGAUGCCCAACAGCUUCAGGUGGCUUGCAUGCAGUUCAUCAACGCGUUGGUUACCUCCCCGGAUGACUUGGACUUCCGGGUACAUCUGCGGAAUGAGUUCCUAAGAUGUGGCCUCAAAAAGAUCCUGCCUGAGCUCAAAGAAACGGAGGAGCUGGACAUCCAGCUCAAGGUCUUCAAUGAGAACAAGGAGGAGGACUCCAUCGAACUCUCCCAUCGCCUGGACGACAUUCGGGCCGAGAUGGAUGAUAUGAAUGAGGUGUAUCAUCUCUUAUCCAACAUGGUGAAAGACACGGGUUCCGAGGCCUACUUCCUGUCCAUCCUGCAACACCUGCUGCUCAUCAGGAAUGACUACUACAUCAGGCCUCAGUACUACAAGGUGAUUGAAGAAUGCGUCUCCCAGAUGGUCCUGCAUCGAAGCGGGAUGGACCCCGACUUUGGCUACAGUCGGCGAUUGGAUGUGGACUUCACCCAUCUAAUCGAUCAGUGUGUGGACAAAUCCAAAGUUGAAGAGAGUGAGCAGAAAGCUGCCGAGUACUCCAAAAAGUUUGACGAGGAGUUCAGCGCACGGCAGGAGGCCCAGGCUGAAUCUCAAAAGAAAGAGGAGAGAAUCAGAGAGUUGGAGGGCAAGAUCCAGGCCCUGGAGUCUCAGUUAACUAUUGAAAGUGACAAGUUCAAAGAGGCUCAGAGACUCAUCAGGGAAUCUGAAGCCAAGAUUGCAGCUGGUACAGCUGUGCCUGGAGCGCCACCUCCGCCGCCACAACCGGGAGGUGCCGCAGCGCCCCCUCCUCCACCGCCCCCUCCUCCACCACCUCUGCCGGGCGGCUGUCCUCCACCGCCACCGCCUCCCCUGCCCGGCCAUGCUGCCGCUCCACCGCCUCCGCCUCCUCCUCCAGGCGGGGGUCCUCCCCCUCCUCCGCCACCGCCCGGGUGCGGGCCCCCGCCACCUCCACCUUUCUUUGGGGGCCCGGGUGGACCUCCACCACCUCCUUCACUUCCUGUCCUCAAACUCCCAUACGGACUUCAGCCCAAGAACGUUUACAAGCCUGAGACGGUGAUGAAGAGAGUCAACUGGAACAAGAUAGUGCCGCAGGAAAUGGCGGAGAAUUGCAUCUGGAUCAAAGUGAAAGAAGAGAAGUUUGAGAAUCCUGACCUGUUUGCACAGCUCUCUCACUGUUUCUCGUCACAGAGCAAAGUGAGAAAGGACACAAAAGACGAGCCUGACGACAGAAUGACACAGUUUAAGAAGAAGGCAAAGGAGCUUCGCAUUUUGGAUGCCAAGACUGCGCAGAAUCUAUCAAUUUUCUUGGGCUCGUUCCGCCUGCCUUAUGAAGAGAUCCGAGACAUUGUGCUUCAGGUGGACGAGGAACGACUCAGCGAGUCACUCAUCCAGAACCUGAUAAGAAACCUGCCGGAGCAGAACGAGCUGUCGUCGCUAGCUGAACUGAAGAGUGAAUAUGAAGAGCUCGUGGAGUCGGAGCAGUUUGGCAUUGUAAUGAGUUCGGUCAAGCUCCUGCGGCCGCGUCUCAAUGGCAUCCUUUUCAAGUUGACGUUUGAGGAGCAAGUGAGCAACAUUCGACCCGACAUCAUGAACGUGACAUUUGCCUGUGAGGAGGUGAAAAAGAGCGAAGGCUUCAGGAAGCUUCUGGAGUUGGUGCUGCUGGUCGGCAACUACAUGAACGCGGGCUCCAGAAACGCCCAGACGUUUGGCUUCAACGUCAACUUCCUUUGCAAACUGCGAGACACCAAAUCGAUCGGUCAGAACACCACGCUGCUUCAUUUUCUGGCUGAGAAAUGUGACGAGGCAUACCCAGAGAUUUUGAGAUUUCCAGAGGAACUGGAGCAUGUGGAGAGUGCCAGCAAAGUGUCUGCUGAAAUUCUUAAAAGCAGUCUGACCACCAUGGAGCGCCACAUUGUGAGGCUGGAGAACGACAUUGAGAACUUCCCCAAAAGCGACGACCCGCAAGAUAAGUUUGUGGAAAAAAUGUUUGGCUUCUGCAAACAUUCGCGGGAGCAGUACGAGAAGCUGUCCAUCAUGCACAAGAACAUGCAGAAGCUCUACGAGAAUACAGGUAGCUACUUCGCAUUCGACCCGCAAGUCCUCAGUGUGGAGGACUUCUUCGGAGACCUGUCCAACUUCCGCAUCCUCUUUUUGGAAGCCGUGAAAGAGAACCACAAGAAGAGGGAGAUGGAGGAGAAGAUCAAGAGAGCCAGGCUGGCGAAGGAAAAAGCUGAGCGCGAGAAGCAGGAGCGCCAGCAGAAGAAGAAAAAGCUGAUUGACAUGAACAAAGAGGGAGAUGAAACUGGAGUGAUGGACAGCUUGAUGGAAGCUCUGCAGUCAGGAGCAGCCUUCCGUGAUCGACGAAAACGAACGCCACGAAACGGUGAUCAAAGUCCUUCCAGUCCAGGCUCUCGCUGGCCGACUGCAAACUAUGGUUACAGAACCCUAGACAACCGACGUGCAGUCCUCGAAAGGUCCCGCUCACGCCACAACACAAACCACCAAGCCCGAUGAUGCCCAAGUGAUCGCCAAAGAACACCCGGAUGACUUCCCAAACACCCUUUCACUGUGUCGUGCAUUCAUGCAAAAACAACGAAACAGCAACAUCAAGUCAUUCAUGCCUUAGACAUUUUAAGUUACUCUGAAAUAUUGUCAUCUUUUAAAUCACAGGAAAAAAAAGAUUUUCAGGCUGAUGGUGCUCUGCUGCUUAUAUGAAAACACUUCCACCAAGGACAACAGCAUCAUCGUGUGAAAAAAGACGGAGUGCUUUUAACAAAACCCCAUCAGCUUUUGAAAAGGCAAUUCAACAGCCAAGUUGGAAGAAGUCGUAGCAAGACAAACACAAGCUACUUACUGACUGUCACCUGUAAGAGUGUAUAGUACGUGAGUUAUCCCAUAAAGCUACGAGAAAGCUGGCCGCUGUCCAUGCCAAUACUUCAUAGCAUGUGACUCACACAGUUUCAUUUUCACGCCAUACAUUUUAUUUUUUUACUGUACUGUGUUUACUUAGGCUUGACACAUUUUUCUCAACUCCAUGUUUUUUCAGGUCAGUUUUAUGAAGGAGUAUUUAUGUGGGGCUCUGCGGUAAUUGCCGUAGCCCGCCAAGUGAGUGUGAUUGCUUUGAAAAGCCCCCUUUUCCAAUACACUGUACCUGCUCAGUUUCCUCUGGUGCUAGGAAACUGCUCUGACAUCACUAGUGUCAUCAUGGGGAAUAUGUUCAAGAGCCACCCGCAGUAGGUGAAAAUCUGCAAUAUAGAACUUUUAAAAGAAAUAUUUUAUUAUAGUUUUACCCUUCCCACACAUUUUAAACGCAAAUUUAUUUUUUAAGUAUUCAUUUAUGCCUGUCUUUACUCUCUCACAAAAAUCUGAAAAUAAGAGGAACUGUGUGCUUGCUUCAAGUGGUUUAUUUGUCGCUCCCAGUUGAAGUUUACUGUAAAACUGACACCUAAAAUAGAAUUAAACACCAAAAUAUUUGUCCAAACCUGAUAAUAUUGUCUAAUGAAAGUCUGCUAGCUUAAUGCUAACAUAGAGUACAAUGUGAAAAGCCAUGAGUCGGAUGUCUGAAAUUAGCAUAGCUGUUACAAUAAUUCUACCCCUUCAAAAAACCUCAAUUUAAACAGAUGGGGAACAACAAGACCAGAGCGUACAACAAAAUACUAAAGGGCAUAUAUAAUCUCUGCUCAGUAGGAACAACUAUUACCGGAGCUCAGUUGGCGACCUUCUCUGGCUCUUAUUCUCGCUCUUAACUAUGCUGCAUGUCGACCAGUAGACAUCAGUGCUGGGGCAUGGCAUGGUACUACACUGAAGUCAUGCAACUCUACAUUCAGAUUUGCCUUUAUGCUGUAAAAACCCAUAAAAGAUGACUGCUGAAAAAGCUGUGAUAUAGCAGUGGUUCUAAAUGUAAACACACUAUCACGUUUGCAUUCUAAUAACUGAAAAGCAACCUCACCUGACCAGUCAGUCUCUGUAGCACCCAGCACAUGCUUUAAAUUCAAUUCAAUCACAACUACCGCAAGUUUUUUUUUUUUUAAAACAAUAUUCUCAUUAAUUCAAAUGCACCUGUGUAACCCCAAAUCUUAUUUCCAUACUUGUUAAAACUGAUGACUAAUCUAGGAAUGAGUGGCCAGUAGUAGUUUACCCAAUCUGUAACUGUAUUGAUAGAAAUCGUAGCUGGUAGUACUAGGGUUUAAAAGCCGAAACACAUCCAUAGUAUCGCCCUGACAACCAGGGUCAAUACUGUGUAUUGGAAAAGGGGCUGUAGUCUGGUUCAUUUGGUUAAGUGUGAACACACUCACCAAAACCUCGGUGUACACCAAACAAGCCGGCCGUGGCCACUUGGAAGACUCUUCUCAGUUUGUAUACGGUUUUAAUGGCUACGUUGUUUUUUUGUUUUUUUUUUAAAUGCCAUUUUGAAAUUAAUCAGACCAAAUGCAGCAUGUAUGUUUUGGUCCGGACCAGAGUACUGAGGACAAGUGUGAACGAAGUAGGUUUACUCUGGUCUGAAUCAUUUCAUGGAUUUUUAAAAUAUUCCCGCCAGGUUUGAUAAAACAUGGAGUAAACUUUUCUAAAGUACUUUUCUUACUAUCUGGACAAUCUAACUCUCUGGUAACCGCAUACAUGCUAAACCGUGCUGAUAUUAAACAUGCUGAUUCAUUAACUCAUCUAUUAACGCUUCUUCCAGUUUAUUUCCCAUUUGGAUCAAAUUGUGUUUACAUCACUUUCUCACAGCAACCAAACUGCACCACAGUUCAUUUGAAAUUUCUUCCAGGUGGUCUCAUACGGUUUAUGCGGUCUCCACCCGAUUCCACCCAAUGAACAAACCGCACCAAGGGGGAAAACUAACAAGACUUCGAUUAAAAUGGACUAAAAGGUGCUAGUAUGUAAACAUCCAAAGCCAUGUAAGAUUUUGUUCAUGGAGGUUUUCCUCUCUCAUUCGAUUUGUGUACAAUUUGCGGGGAUUCGCUUCUUAUAUCUGAGCAAGUACCCUAUUCAUUUUGAUAAUGUUCCCUCACAAGACAGGUAAAAGUUGAGUAAUGGGGGCCUUAAGGUGUAACCAUUAUAAUUUUGUAACAUUUUCAUGUAAAACAAACACCUGUUAAUUUUCCCAUUUCCCAUUUUUCUUGAAACUACUUUAAAACAAUGCCUGCUUAAUUAAGCUUCUAAACAGCCUGCAUCUUAUACCACUGAACAAAAUGCACCAUGUUUUUAGGCAAUUGUGAGCCACAGGGCAUAUUUUAUGCAUAGAUUUAAGACAAGGCAAGGGGGAAAAAAAUAUGAAGUAUGCAAAAUCUGUUGUCGGCGACAGCAAAUUAGAGUCAGCUUUCCCUGGUGGGUUCUCCGUCACAGCUGCUUCUCAGUAGCAUCUCCUAGCUAAUGAAGUUUUAAACAUUCAAACAAACACACGUUUGAUGCUUGUUCGUGGAGAAGUCGCUUGGAGCUUUGCAGCCACUAUUCGGGAAUGGAGCCUUCGUCGCCCUUUAUUCAUAUAUUCAUGCCUCGGGUGGCACGGUCCACUCGCUGACUGCCCUCAACUGUAAGUAGAUGAUGCGAAAAACAAGAAAUGAGUCCACGGCCAGAGUCAAGAUGCUGCUUGUCUGAGCCAGUAAGUCUCCAACCACCUCCCCACUUAUGGCUUGUAUCACCAAUGAAAAAAUACGCAACAAUAGCAUUGUGUGUAUUUGAAUAUAUGGACGUUUUACAUUUAAAUCCAGUGGUACCUCAAAUUAUGACCACCAAAAAGAUCUACCCACUGAGAUCUAUUAUAUUUGGAAUCAUUUGUUCCAGGGUCCUGUCUCCAUCAUAAAACCCUUAUUAACUGUACAGCCAAUGUUUUAAGUAACAAUACAGCAUUCUUUCUGUUAGUAUUUAUUGGCAUACGGUAGAACAAAUAAGCUAAAUACAAUUCCAAUCAUUUUUGGAAUAAAUUCAAAACUUGGACAUUUUAACAUCUAAAUCCAGUGGUACCUCAAAGUAUGACUGCAAAAAAAAAAAAAACAUUUUGGCAUUGAGAAGAAUAACGCUACAAGUCAAAAGUUUGGAGACGGUUUCUCAUUUAAUAGCAUGAGAAAAUGUGUCGAAAUUUUUUAUGGGUAGUGUAUAUGUGAAAUAAUUUAUUCCUGAGUCCUAACUGUCGAUGCCGUGAACCCCUCAACAACUGUACAGGCAAUGUUUUAAGUAAAAUUUUGACAUCAUUAAUCGUUAUUCAUCAUUUGUAACGUCUAAAAUAGGUGAGUUAAAAACAAUAUAACACUGAAGCGUCUGUCACACAAUUAUUACAUGAUAAUGCAAUAUAAUGUUAAGACAGGAAAAAAAAACUAGCACAAGGAGCUAAUGUAGUAAUCUAAAUCGUUACUCGGUGCUCCUUCUAGUCAAACAAAACAGAUGGACUCAAAAACACUGAAAGCUGACCUGCUUAAAUGAAACAUGGUGAAAGAUCUAACAACUGAAAUAUUUUUUAUACUUUGGAGCAAAUUGUAAUACUUUAAGGACGAUCAAACUACACGGUACCACUGUAAUCACCUCUGUGCUGUGCGCGUUUUCAAAUGCAAAAUAUGUGGACUCAGUGUGCAGCCAUUUUGCUUGGACAUAGUUGCACACUUUAAGAGACAACACAUUCACUCAUUCCUCUUGUAGAAAACAAGGUUGUAGUGCCACCCAAUUAAAAAACUGCUCAUGCCGAAGUAUUAGGGCCAAACUGAAGAGGAGAAUAAGUGAAAUUGUGAGAAAAAAGACAAAAUGACAAGAAUAAACAAUAUUAAAAGAAUUAAGUCUGUUUGCACAAUCCCAUUCAACAGCUCAUACUGGUGGUGUUAUUUACCAAAUUAUUAGCUAUUGCAUUGUUUUUGAAACUUAUACUGAAAGUGAUUUUAUUCUCAUCUUACUAUUUGGUUUUUUUUCCAUUGUGGCUCUCAUAUUGCUCUGUAAAAAUAGAUGUAUGGUGUAAACAAUUUUUUUCUUUUUUUAAUUUUAUUUAAUUUUAUCAUUGCCAAUUUUAGUUUGAAAAAAAACACCUAUUAAGUGACAACAUCUCUUUUUUAAACUGUUGAUAUUUUAAAGGUGCAAUAUGGCUUUAUUUUGUUCCAGUUUGAUGAAAGCCUGUUUUCUUUUUUUAUCCACUGUGCGACACAAAUAGUUACAUACAUAUAAUGACGAAUGGGGUUUAUACGUGGUGUUUUUUUGUGUAUGAAGCUCAAAGGUCUCGUGUAAAAAAGAAAAAAAGUGGCCAUUGUGGAAGUUGCAAAAUGCUAGUGCUGCUUUCAUGGGCAUCAUGUAAAAUAUUUCUUUCGACAAACAAUUAGACUAGACACAUUCAAAUAUUUUCCUUCUCCUACCAUUACGACGAGCUCAUUGUCCCUGAAAGUGUUUGUGUUCCCUCCCUAAUAAUUGUGUUGUAGACAGCGAAACCCAAACUCAUUAUUUAUGUGUUUUAUGUUCAUGGCCCUUUGUCGUUUUAGCUUCAUAAAAUUGUGCUGGUGGCUAUUUUUCAGGAAGAUGAGGCAGGGCACAUUCAAAAUAUUUAAAAAUUUUUUUUUUUUGUAGACGAUGGAUGGCUAGCACUUUAAUAAUUAAAAAAUAAAAUGUCUGCGGUUUGGUUUGCAGUCACUUUACCUCACCAGGGAAAAGAUUUGUUCUAUCAGAGUACCAAUUGCCAUGACUAAACAAAUUUGCUGAAAGGUUUCUUUUUGGCAAAUACUUCCCAGCUGCCUCUCUUCAUUUGGUUUGCUUCCUGGAGACCAAACACUUUUUUUUUUUUUUUUUUUUUACUUACAACCCCAAUUCCAUUGAAGUUGGGACGUUGUGUUAAACAUAAAUAAAAACAGAAUACAAUGAUUUGCAAAUCAUGUUCGACCUAUAUUUAAUUGAAUACACUACAAAGCCAAGAUAUUUAAUGUUCAAACUGAUAACUUUAUUGUUUUUAGCAAAUAAUCAUUAACUUCAAAUAUUAUGGCUGCAACACGUUGCAAAAAAGCUGGGACAGGGUCAUGUUUACCACUGUGUUACAUCACCUUUUCUUUUAACAUUCAAUAAACGUUUGAGAACUGAGGACACUAAUUGUUGAAGCUUUGUCUGUAUUUACUUACAUUAGUUUUCUGAAGUGUUCCUGAGCCCAUGUGGUGAUAUCCUUUACACAUUGAUGUCGGUUUUUGAUGCAGGGCCACCUGAGGGAUCGAAGGUCACGGGCAUUCAAUGUUGGUUUUCGGCCUAUUCAAUUAAAUAUAGGUUGAACAUGAUUUGCAAAUCAUUGUAUUCUGUUUUUAUUUAUGUUUAACACUACGUCCCAACUUCAUUGAAAUUGGGAUUGUAUUUAUCUUGUUGGCAACUUUGUCAUGAAGCUGAUGCACAUCCAGCAGUCUAGCUUCCUCGUUGUCAGUGACUGUUGAUUUGUCUUUACAAGCCUUUGUAUUUGCAUCAUGCUCCAUUUGUAUUCUCGACAACGUGGACGGGACAAAGUAGAGAAAAAGAGAAGAAUAACGCGCUCCUUUCCUUCCACAGACUAUGUAAUUGAAUAUGAUACUAAAUAAUAACCACUUUGUUUUAUAAACUGAUUUAUGAAAGUCA